AUGUGUCUCCUGUAUCAGCAGUCCUUACUCAAGAGGCGGCACCAAAGAGUUAAGCGCCUUGAAGAAUCUGUGAUUGUAUAUACAGUCACACCCAUCAUGAUGAUCCGGCAUGGCUGCAACAAGUUGCAGACAGGGGUUCGUCCCGCCAGGUCCCGCGCUACAGCCCGAACCGGCUGGCGCGACGCCACAUCCAGACCCGCGCUGUCCAGGGGGCACCUGGCAUCCGCAGAACCACCACUGUAUGAGAAAGACUCAGGCACCGUUACCGGAGAGCGGGAGGAAAGAUUCACGAUUCAAAGCGGAAAGAUCCAACAAGCCAAAUCUCCCACCUGCAGCGUCAACCUAGAAGAUGUGCUGAAAGCUUUCAGACCCAAACCCACUGCUGAAUCCUCAACCCCUAUUCAAAAGAAAUCAGAUCCCAUCUGGACCUGA